AUGUUUAGUUCAAUCAUAUUUAAAACGACACCUGCGCACGCACGAUCGUCUGCAUUUUUCUCUCUAAAGCGCUUACCGAGUAAACCACAUUUACAGCGAACUCCAACAUGGACAACAACACCGCCUUUAAAAGCAUUUACGACGGGCUCUUAUUACGCGAAACCACAAACCACGCUUACCGAAAAUGCUCGGGUAUUUUUUGUUAAACCGCCGACGACGCAAUCCAAUCAACCUUCUUCCAUGCUUCUUUUAAUACAACCAUGUAACACAAGAUCAUAUUGUCAACGAACAUUUGCUUGGACUGGGCAGCAAAUUAAACAUUUUACUACAACUGUAUUUAAUCCUAAAGAAAAAAUAAAACCCGAUAAGACAUUGUCAGAAUCUGGUAGUGGUUCGAAAGGUGAUGGUGAACAAGGUGGUAAUAAUAGUAAUAAUGGAAAUCAUGAUGGUGGUGAAGGAAAUUCGGGAAGUGGAAAUAAAGGGGAUGGAUCUGGCAAAGGUGGUAAUGAUGGAGCAGGUGAUAACCCCCCUCGAUCGCCAUUUGAGGGAAUUCAACGAACUCUGCACGUAUUAGAAACUACAUUGCAGAAGCCAUCAGUGCCAGAAGUUUAUCCUCAAGUUUUGGCACUACCAAUUGCGCGACGUCCAUUAUUUCCCGGAUUUUAUAAAGCUGUUGUAAUCAAAGAUCAUAAUGUCACAGCGGCAAUAAAAGAGUUAAUGAAACGUGGACAACCUUAUGUCGGUGCUUUCCUAUUAAAAGAUGAGGAGACAGACGUUGACACGAUCACAGACGCAUCUCAAGUUUUCCGAGUGGGAGUAUUUGCUCAGAUUACGAGCGUUUUCCCCGCAAAUGGGGGUCAAGAUGAGAAUUCAUUAACUGCUGUCUUGUAUCCUCAUAGAAGAAUACGAAUUACCGAUCUUGUGCCACCAAAUCAAAUUGGUGGUGGUGGAACUUUGGAAGAAACUGUGGCCGAGGAGGCUGAAGAAGAUAAUAAUGUCAGAGAAGAAACGCAAAAAGUGUCGGAACAAUAUGCCACCUCUUUUCUCAAGGAUUUCAAUGUUUCCCUCGUGAAUGUUGAAAACCUUGUUGACGAACCUUAUGCAAGAAAGAAUCAAGUCAUUCGUGCGAUAACAUCUGAAAUUGUCGCGGUAUUCAAAGAUAUUGCUACUCUGAAUCCAUUAUUUCGUGAUCAAAUUGCAAACUUUUCAAUGUCCCAAUCUGCCGGAAAUGUGUUCGAAGAACCCGCUAAACUAGCUGAUUUCGCUGCGGCCGUCUCUACCGGUGAACCAAAUGAAUUGCAAGAAGUACUUGAAAGUCUGGUGAUCGAAGAACGGCUACAAAAAUCUUUACUGGUCCUUAAAAAAGAAUUGGUAAACGCUCAAUUGCAAAGCAAAAUUAGCAAAGAAGUCGAAUCAAAAAUUGCCAAAAGGCAACGCGAAUAUUACUUGAUGGAACAAUUAAAAGGAAUAAAGAAAGAAUUGGGAAUUGAAACGGACGGUAAAGAUAAAUUAGUCGAAAAAUUUAGAGAAAAAGCCGAUAAAUUGGCUAUGCCCGAAGCAGUACAGAAAGAAAUAAACAAACUAGCUCAUCUUGAACCUGCUGCUUCGGAAUUUAAUGUGACUCGGAAUUAUCUUGAUUGGUUAACUCAAGUACCAUGGGGACAAAGAUCCCCUGAAAACUAUAAUAUUACACACGCAAAAAAAGUCCUUGAUGAAGAUCAUUAUGGUCUACAAGAUGUCAAAGAUCGGAUACUCGAGUUUAUUGCUGUUGGCAAACUUAGGGGUACUGUUGAGGGUAAAAUUUUAUGUCUUGUCGGACCUCCUGGCGUAGGUAAAACUUCAAUUGGUAAAUCAAUCGCACGCGCUCUUUCGCGUCAAUUUUACCGCUUCAGUGUUGGAGGUUUGACGGAUGUGGCGGAAAUUAAAGGGCAUCGUCGUACCUAUGUUGGAGCAAUGCCUGGUAAAGUUGUCCAGGCUUUGAAAAAAGUUCAAACCGAGAACCCUCUAAUUUUAAUUGAUGAAGUGGAUAAGAUUGGACGAGGUCAUCAAGGUGAUCCUUCAUCAGCAUUAUUAGAACUACUUGACCCCGAACAAAACUAUUCGUUUUUAGAUCAUUAUAUGGACGUGCCAGUGGAUCUUUCAAAAGUUCUUUUCGUAUGCACGGCAAACAUUACAGACACUAUUCCUGGGCCAUUACUUGAUCGUAUGGAAGUUAUCCAACUUUCUGGUUAUAUAGCGGAUGAAAAAAUCAACAUUGCUUCAAAAUAUUUGGCACCUACAGCUAAAGAGAUGGCUGGGUUACAGAACGCAAAUGUGAAUCUUCAUUCAGAUGCAAUUGAGGUACUAAUUCGAUCUUAUUGUCGAGAAAGCGGCGUGCGCAAUCUCAAAAAGCAUAUCGAUAAGAUAUACCGAAAAGCAGCAUAUAAAAUAGUUGUAGACCUUGGUGAUGAAGCUCUGCCUUCACAAGAAAUGGAAAGCUCUUCUGAUACAGAUUCCGUAUCUUCUGAAAAAAAUAAGGAUGAUGAAGUGUCAACUACUACAGAACAACGUAAGCCAUUAGAAGUACCAAAUAAUGUCAGUGUAGAUAUAACUGUUGAUAAUUUGAAGGAUUAUGUUGGGCCUCCGACUUUCCAUUCUGAUCGUUUAUAUGAUGUAACGCCUCCUGGUGUAGUCAUGGGAUUGGCCUGGACGAGUAUGGGUGGCUCGGCGUUGUAUGUUGAAUCAACCUUGGAUUCAAUUCUUACACCAAACUCAACUCCUGCUUUGUCAAAAACUGGACAAAUGGGGGAUGUUAUGAAGGAAUCCACAACAAUUGCUUAUACUUUUGCGAAAAGUUUGAUGGCGCGACGAUUUCCAGAGAAUAAAUUCUUUGAACAGGCAUCUAUACAUCUCCAUGUGCCAGAGGGAGCCACACCUAAGGAUGGUCCCUCUGCUGGAAUCACAAUGGCUACUUCUCUUUUAUCUCUCGCUAUGUCAAAAGCUCUCGAUCCAACGAUAGCAAUGACGGGCGAGCUGACACUUACGGGAAAAGUUUUGAAAAUUGGUGGUCUUCGUGAGAAAGCUGUAGCAGCUAAACGAUCAGGCGUGACAACUUUAAUUCAUCCUGAAGCCAAUAUAAGUGAUUGGGAAGAAUUACCUGCAAAUGUAAAAGAAGGUUUACGAGGCGUACCGGUCGCUUGGUACGAUGAUGUAUUCCGCGUCGUAUUCGGUGAUGUCACUAAGGAAUAUGUUGAAGAAGUAUGGAACAAUAUGCUCAAAAAAGAAUCUGUCGAAGAGAACGUUAUUAAUACGCCACUUCCUCCACCUGAUAAAAAACCAAUAUUAAAUUUAGCGACACAAUGA